AUGAAGAGUACUGGUCUGACACCAGAAAUGGACACCACAGGCUCUGUAGCUGCUGUGGAAUCUGCGCUGGAACGAUUAAAUAAACAAAGAGCAGAACUGGAAGAACUUUGGGCUGCUAGAAAACUUAGGCUAGAGCUCUGCCUUAGGCUGAGGCUAUUUGAAAGGCAUGCCUUGGAGGUUUCCUCCCAGCUGGAAAUUUGGUCAAAUGAAUUGGAACAUAUACCGCUUAGCAAUGAACUUGAAGAGGCAGAAAGGCUCUUAAGAUUACAUACUGAAAGUGUUACCCACAUGCAAAACACAACCUUCCAGGUCUUACAGCAAGGCCAGGAGCUGGCUCAGGUAUUUGAAACAUCUGGCGUUACACUUAUGGCUGACUCACAGUAUUCAGCUGGUACAAGAGUACAAGUCCUUUUAGAAUUCCUUCAUGAAAGGGAAAUGGAUCUUGAAGACCUUGCUGAAAUCAAAAGGGUGAAAUUAGAGCAAUGUGUUCACCUGUGCCAGUUUAGACAAGAUGCAAAUCAGGUUGUUAGCUGGAUUAGAAAUGGAGAAGCGAUGCUGCUUGCAAGUUUCACAAUUCCUAACUCUUUAGCAGAUGCAGAACAACUGAAAAAAGAGCAUGAGCAAUUUCAAGUCGCUAUAGAGAAAACUCAUACAUCUGCUGUCCAAGUGCGGCACAGGGCAGAUGCUCUCAUAUCCGCUCACCAUUACGCUCCCGAUGCCGUCAGAGAAGUUGCUGAAGAAGUCACUAAAAGGUGGCAAGGGCUCGUCACUUGUGCCGAAGAGAGGCACAAACUAGUCACCGCUAGUCUCAAUUUUUACAAGACUGCCGAACAAGUAUGUUCUGUACUUGAUAGCCUAGAAAGAGAGUACAAAAGAGAAGAAGACUGGUGCGGAGGAGGUAGUGGAACUACAAAUGGAAAUGCAACAAAUGGAGGUACUAGCGCUAACUCAAUGGCACAACUCGUGGCGAAACACCAGGAGCAGAAAGAAGCUUUUCUUAAGGCCUGCACCUUAGCUCGUAGAACCGCAGAAACAUUUUUGAAGUACACGUCACGAAGUCUACAGUAUUACAAUUACCCAACAUCAGAAGCUGGUCCUGAGGCGAGAGUGAAAGUGAUAUUGGAUAAGUUAUUAAGUCAAGAGAAUAAAGUCUUGGAGCAUUGGUCAUCCCGAAAGAAACGAUUAGAUCAGUGCCAUCAGUUUGUCCUCUUUGAAACAUCUGCACGACAAGCGAUGGAGUGGAUACAAGAAACUGGUGAACGUUAUCUCGAAACCCAUACCAACAUUGGCACCAACAAGGAGGAGACAGAAUCAUUGCUUGGCGAACACAAUGAGUUUAAAGGUGCUGCAAAAGAAACGAGGGAAAGAGUAAAACUUCUCAUUUCACUUGCCGACAGCCUUGUUGAGAAGGGACAUGCCCACGCUAGUGAAAUCAAAGCUUGGGUCGCUGCUGUCGACAAUACAUAUAAAGAUUUCUCUUCUCGCAUGGACAAGUAUAGAUCUCAACUGGAAGGGCGUCUUGGAAUCCAAGAAGAGGAAAGUAAAGAGCUAAGUAUCGACCGAAACUCCGAUCCUAAUCUUGAAGCUAAAGUAAAAGAAACAACCAAAGAACUGAACGAAGAGAAAAGGAGAUCAGCUAGGAGAAAAGAGUUCAUCAUGGCUGAGUUGUUACAAACAGAAAGGACAUAUGUAAAAGAUCUUGACACAUGUAUUAAGGUUUUCUUAGAAGAGUAUCGCAGGGCAGAUACUGUACCACCGGGUAUUCAAGGGCGGGAGUCGAUUAUUUUUGGUAACAUAGAAGACAUAAGAGACUUUCAUCGAGAUGUGUUUUUGAAGGAGCUUGAGAAAUAUGAAACAAUGCCUGAAGAUGUUGGCCAUUGUUUUGUCACCUGGGCUCUGAAAUUUGACAUGUACGUUGAGUACUGUAAAAAUAAGCCGGAAUCAAACUCAAUCUUGGUUUCCCAUAGCAGUGGGUUUUUCGAAGAAUUACAGAAGAAACAUCGAGUUGAACAUCCUAUUGCAGCAUACCUCAUAAAACCGGUCCAACGAAUAACAAAAUACCAACUGUUAUUAAAAGACCUCCAGUCCUGCUGUGAUGAGGGUCAAGGAGAAAUAAAGGAUGGACUUGAAGUGAUGUUAAAUGUUCCUAAGAAAGCCAACGAUGCUCUCCAUUUAUCUCUUCUUGAAGGUUGUGAUCUUCGGAGUGAGGAAUUGGGUGACGUUGUCCUUCAGGACACUCUUCAAGUCUGGGAUCCAAAGCAAAUUCUCAGAAAGUCUAGGGAAAGGCAUUGCUUCCUUUUUGAACUUUACUUAGUGUUUUCCAAAGAAGUUAAAGAUUCCCAAGGAAAAGCGAAGUACAUUUAUAAAAACAAACUAAUGACUUCAGAGCUUGGGGUAACUGAGCAUAUAGAAGGUGAUGAGUGCAAGUUUGCAGUUUGGACAGGACGAGCACCCAUUUCUGACUAUAGGAUAGUACUUAAAGCCUCAUCAUUAGAAAGUAAACAGGCCUGGGUAAAGAAAUUAAGAGAAGUUAUCCAAGAAACCUACUUCAGCACUGCCCUUCCGCUCUCAUUACCAAAGUCGCCUGCAAAAUUGAAGGGAAGCAGCCAGAGAUCGAGCAGAGAUUUGGAAGAAACAGGCUCACUUGAUGAAAGCGUUGAAAAUUUAGACAGGGGUUCCUUAGCCUCCUUUGGCUCUGGGAACACGACUGAUUCCGACAAGGUGAGUCUCGACUUUAAACACAUGUAUAUAAGUUAG